AACAGUCACUAAUGGUAUUCUGUGUUUUCAUGAUGGCUUGACAUCAGGUCUUAGUCUAAUGGCCUAAACGCACAAGGCCCAACAGUUCACGUGCUGGUACUGCAUUUGAUUGUGAAAGGUGCCUAAACCAGAACUAUUACCCUUUUUUAAACAAUGUCUUAUUGGCACCUGUCUUAGUUUGUCCUUUAAACGAGGCCCUGCUCUUGCCUUUGGCCUGCAGACCCAGGGUUCCAGUAUGUUCAUUCAGACUGUUCCUUAUUCUGAGGUCUUCUUCAUGCACUGUUGCUCGAGUUUGUGGCGUGACGUUUUUCUUGUAAAUCAUGCUCUUCACACCAACGGUGUGAAAGUGCAGCUUUCUCUGCCACGCCUCUUUCUUCAGCUCAUAUUCGCGAAAAGACCCCCCGAUAUACAGCAGAAGAAUCUCCCCCUUUGGCGAAAAUGCUCGGAUGUAUGUAUUACGGCCAAAUCGGCAAACAGGACACGGAGCGCUUGCUGGAAAAGUAUGGAAAAGAAGGAAGCUUCCUCCUGAGAGACAGCCAGAGCGUGCCAGGAGCUCUGUGCCUCUGCGUGAGGAGAACUCCAUUUGUCCACACUUACAGGAUUGAGCAUUCAUCUCAAGGCUGGGCUGUUGAGACUAUCAACAGAGAGAAGCCACAGUGGUUUCAGUCCCUGGAUGAGCUCAUUGAGUGUUACAGAAAUCUGACCCCUCACAACAUGGUUCCCCUUCUGUAUCCUCUGGAGAAGGCACACCUGAGUAAGGAGGACAGGCAGUACACGGCACCGGCUCAACUGGCCUACAUGGAGAUGUGAAGACCUGAACUGAUUCUCAGAGUGAAUGUGUCUGGAAACAAAACUGUAAAUUUGUGUUUUGACAGUUAUUUUUUUCCUUUUUCUUUAUAUUUUUGUUUUAAUAAGUAAUGUGAGCUCACUGUGUUGAUAUUGUAAAUAUUUUACUUUUUUGUCUGAAAUAUGAAGCAGAGUUUUCCCUAACUGUCUAAUGUUUGUUAAGGUGGUACAUUCGCUUCUUUCUAGCGAGCCCAUCAUUUUCUGUUAGUUGAAAACAUUCCACAAGAUGGCAGUAAAACUAUUAAACGGAAGUCUUUUUCA